CAUAAGUGAAAGGUCUCACAACCGAUCAACACUCUGUCACCGCAACACCACAGAAGAAGAAAUCCCAGUUGUCAGUCUCAUGCAGAGUCUCCACGGCGAUGAUUUCAAGCUGCAAAUGUGCCCCCUCGUGUGGCAGCACGUGCAGCUUCGACUGAGCCUCGAACAGCAUUGGACCCAGCACCACGAUGUAGUCGUCCUCUCUGUCACUAGAAGUCGCCGUCGUCCUCUCUCUUCUGACCGCGUCCUCAUGGAGCAGAUCCCACUCGAGUCCAGCACGCGACUAGUGCAUCCAACUUCACGAGAUCUUAGGCGUCUGCGAUUCACACUGCAGGAUGGAGGCAUUCGCCAUCGCUUUCAAGCGUCUGAUGAAGCUGCGUACGAGAAAUGGUGUGUAGCUAUCGCUGACGCCAUUGGCGGGGCUCAGGAGAUGGAACAGACACUGCAGACGACCAACGAGAAGCGGAACCAGGUGGACCAUCUCCACGCUGAAGUCUACGACCGAAACACCACAAACUAUAAACUCAUUCAGCUGCACAGGCCUGACGCCAAGUCCCGUACUGUCGUAAGCGAAGAAGAUCAGCACGAAGAUUGCUCCCCCAUCGACUUGAGUCGGCCACUUGACGUUCAUUACGACGCCUACGAGCCCGACGAAAAGGUUCUCGUGCAUCGCCUUCCAUGCAACAAGCAACCGCGCAACAUUUUAGUAUCUCAGCUCUCGGUUGCCCCUGAAGAUAUUAAUUUUGACAAUCGCGUCGAUAUUUGCAUUGAGAAACAGCAAAGCACUGAACUUGACACUGCAACAAUUAGAUCAUCCGACGACGAAGAAGAAUCGCCAAAACAUUAUCCGGCGAGAUGGAGAGAUCUGUGCCAAUUCCCAAGCGUGUUUGAACGCCCAGUGAAGCAAUGGGGAAGAAUACGUCCGCUUUCAACUCGCGAGACUUUGCGACGACGUCUGAUGUCUGACGCCAGAAAGCACUGCAUACUCCCUUAUGGCUCCCCGAAACAACCUGAAGAUGAAGUUGAAGGUACAUUCAACCUAGGUUUCCCUAUCAAGAUGAGCGCCAGCUAA